CGUGCUCGGGUAUGACAGAACUGCGGGUCCGCGGACGCGAGGGCACGGGAGCACCAUGACUGCCAACUGGUUUGGUUUAGUUUGGUUGGUUUUUUUGAAGUAAAAACCCGAGCCACCGCGGGUUUCUGCGUGUGCGCUCCUGUGCGGGGUGAUUUCAGCAGCUGAGCAUGGUUCUCUGGUCGCCUUUGUUUGGUGUGAGACUUCAUUGAGGUCUGCUCGGACCAGACUGCCCUCCUCGCAGACCCAGAGAGUCGCCCAGGCUGCAGCCCGAACUUUUCUCUCCGGGCAGGGAUGUCUCAGGCUCGGGUGGAUUACAUUGCGCCCUGGUGGACUUACUGGCUGCACAAUUUCCCUCACAUCAACCUGAGAUUUCACCCCACUGACAAAGCCUUCCAGCCCGGAGAUGAGAACUACCAGCAGUCUCUCAUCUUCCUGGGCUGCGUGGCAGCUGCCGGACUCGGCCUCAACCUCCUGUGCUUGGCCAUCUACCUUAGCUGUUUGUGCUGCUGCCGGAAAGAAGAAGAGGACGACAGCAAGAAGCCCAACUCCUGCUGCGUCACCUGGUCGGCGGUGGCCGCCGGCCUCAUCACAUGCAUCGCAGUGGGGGUGGGUUUCUAUGGCAACAGCGAGACCAAUGACGGCGUAUACCAGUUGACCUACUCCUUAUACAAUGCCAACAACACGGUGGGCGGUGUGGAAACCCUGGUGACCGGGACCAUGAGCAACAUGAGGGCCGGGCUGCACCAGCACCUGGCCAGGCUGGACGAGAUCUUCGCCACGCGAGGAGACUACGUGCAGACCCUGCAGUUCAUGCAGCAGAUGGCUGACAACGUGAUCAAGCAGCUGCUGGGCCUGCCGGACUGGGAGAACGCUCAGGUGGACCUGGCCAUCAUCGCCGACCAGACGGCCAGGGUGGAGUAUUACAGGUGGCUCACCUACCUGCUGAUCCUCAUCCUGGACCUGAUCAUCUGCCUGCUGGCCUGCCUGGGCCUGGCCAAGCAGUCCCGCUGGCUGCUCACCACGAUGAUGGUGUUCGGGGUGCUGACGCUGGUCCUGAGCUGGGCCUCGCUGGGAGCCGACCUGGCCGCCGCCGUGGGCACGAGUGAUUUCUGCGUGUCUCCCGACAAGUACAUCAUGAGUCAGACUAAAGGGAUCAUCGGCUCUGAUAUUCUCCACUACUACCUGUACUGCAACCAGACGCUCUCCAACCCCUUCCAGCAGCCCCUGACCGUCUUCCAGAGGUCUCUGACCACCAUGCAGAUCCAGAUCACGGGUCUUCUGCAGUUCGCCGUGCCUCUGUUUCCAACUGCUGAGAGAGACCUCAUGGGUAUCCAGCACGUGCUCAACACGUCGGAGGCCAGUCUGCACCAGCUCACCGCCCUGCUGGACUGCAGAGGACUCAACAAGGACUACCUGGAUGCCAUGGUGGGGGUGUGCUACGACGGGGUGGAGGGCGUGCUGUACCUCUGCCUCUUCUCCAUCCUCGCUGCCUGUGCCUUUACUGUCAUGCUGUGUGCCAUUCCCCGGGCCUGGAGACAAAUUGCCUGCAGAGAGCGGGAAUACGACGACAUCGACGAGGAGGACCCGUUCAACCCUCGGAGGAGGAGGGUGGGCUCCCAGAACCCCCCCCACGCCAACAUGCACAGCUUCUGCAGCUACAGCAGCAGCAUGGGCAGCCAGAACAGCCUGCACCCGCCGGCCCCCACCGUCUCCAACGCCCCCAUGUCCGAGUACAUGAACCAGACGGCUCUCUUCGGGGGAAACCCGCGCUACGAGAACGUUCCUCUGAUUGGACGAGGAUCCCCUCCCCCCUCGAUAUACUCUCAGCAGUAUAGACAUCGAUACUCCCCGAGCAUGAGGGCCACCUAUCUGUCCAUGACCGAGGAACAGAGCAGACACUUUGGAAACGACUACCAAGUGUAGACUUCUGACCCGCCCGAGAGGGGAAGAGACGUCUCUCACACACACACACACACACACACCUCAACAAGAGAGGAGUGUGUGAUGAGAAGCAUCGCGGAGGACAGUGUGCAGCAUCUGUGUCAGGCAGAUGGAACAAUGUCUGUACUCUUUUAUGUGUGAUUAACGCUCCUAACCUGCUAAAAUGUUUUAAAGCUGUUCUUACACUGUUCUCGUGAUUGCUCGACACCCGACACAAACAAGUUUUUUCCCGCGACGGUAUUUUAGAAAGAGGAUUUCCUGCCUGCGACUCUCCGAAGUGCCGAGACGCACAAUCACUUCUGACAAAGUAAUCAGGCCUUUGCUAAAGGAAACUGCGAACGCGGCCGUGGGUUCUCAUGCACGACGCUUCCAGGUGGAUGUUUGUGAAGCACAAGUCCAGCAAUGACGGCACACUGCAGGAGGUGACGGCGAGGAAACGUUUACUUCCAUCCUCACACGCGUAAACAUGUCCGGAGGUGAAGCUUUACGUCUCAGAAACCUCCACGGACGAGACCACCUUCAGACGACGACUUCUGUAAAUACGCUGUACAAUAGACUGUUCUGUUAUUCCUUUGUUUAAACUGUGUGCCAUUUUUAUAUAUUUUUUUUCUAAUUUUGUGUGGUUGCGUCACAUCGGAACAUUUUUUCAUAUUGUCUAGAAGGUUAUUAAUUCAUGUCUUCUUUAUCUAAACUGAGCAAUCCAACAAAGCUGUCGUUCCUAUCUUGAUUUGGGGAAGUCUCUGCUCAGCGAUGAGUAUAAAGGUCAUUAUUUUCUACCAACAACCCAACAGCACACAUUUCUAUUGACUGAUAGUGAUUUUCUGUAGGGUUUUAAAUUCAAGCAGUGUCCUUUAUUAAUACUUUUCUUUCUCUCUCGGCAUGUUACACUGUACAGGCACUGGUGGUGGUGCUUAAUUUUGUGUGUGACCACGAACCUGAGGGUCUAAUUGUGAGUUGAAUAAACCAGCUUUGGGUACAAACUGAUGAGUGGUUUUUUUGUCUGACAGAAAAAGCCAUUAGGAGUUGAUCGCUUUCUACGGCUGAACUUAACUUUGGAAUUGGGAUGGUAUUUUUUGACAGCAGAGCAGGCGUUUAAAAGUACAACACAUUGGUGGGAGAAUAACACUGACGUGUCCUAGGAUAAUAUACCACCUUGUCUUUUUACAAACAGCACUGUUUAUGAUGUCAUAUGA